AUGAACAAUUUUGGCUGCAAGUUUCCAGAAUACAUCGGUAAUUUGUCGAGAAACCUUGAAUAUUUGAAUCUAGACAAUGAUCAUAUAUUCGGAAGCAUUCCACCCGGGAUUGUAAAUCUUGUUGGCUUGCAGAGUUUGAGUAUGCAGCUUAACCAAUUCACUGGUACUAUUCCAAGUGAGAUUGGAAAGCUUCAAAAUCUACACAUAUUGAAUCUCGACAACAAUUCAUUGUCUGACCUAUCCCAAAACAAAUUGAGUGGUUCUCUUCCCACGGAAGUUGCAAAUUUGAUAAACCUUUGUUACUUGGAUGUCUUAUAUAACUUGUUAUCUAGUGAAAUUCUGAGCACUCAAGGCCGCUGCACAAGCCUGGAAAUGCUGCAUUUGGGGAACAACUUUUUCAACGAAACCAUUCCUUAUUCUUUGAGUUUCUUGAGAGGCCUUGGAGAGUUGGGUCUCGCAAACAAUAACUUGUCUGGUGAAAUUCCUAUUUUUGGGUCUGUGUACAAAGGAGUUAUUAAUGAAAGAAUUGUCACUGUGAAGGUGCUAACGGCAUGUUCGACGAUAGAUUAUCAGGGUCAUGACUUCAAGGCCCUGGUUUAUGAGUUCAUGGUCAAUGGGAGCCUUGAAGAGUGGUUACAUCCAAAUUGCAAUGAAGAUUUGUCAAAUGAAGAGUUUAAGAAGCUAAACCUUCUUCAAAGACUAAAUAUUAUCAUUGAUGUUGUUUGUGCCUUGAAUUAUCUUCACAACCAGGCCCAAUCCCUGACAGUCCACUGCAAUCUUAAGCCAAGCAACAUUCUUCUGGACAAAGAUAUGACUGGGCAUGUUGAAUAUGGUAUGGGAUGUGAGAUCUCGGCAUAUGGUGAUAUCUACAGUUUUCGCAUCCUUGUGUUAGAAAUGUUUACUGGGAAGAGACCCACCAAUGAAAUGUUUAAAGAUGGGUUAAGCCUCCAUAGCUUUGUGAAAGAGGCUUUGCCCUACAGUGUAUCACAGAUUUCAGACCCAACACUUUUUAAGAUCGAAGGGGAAGAAGAAGAAAUCUUCAUAAGAGGUGAAAAGAUUGUGGAGUGCAUGAGUUUGAUACUUGAAAUUGGAUUCAUUUGUUCUUCAAAAUUGCCUAGAGAAAGAAUGGACAUUAAUGAUGCUGCAGCUAAAUUGCAUUUCAUCAAAGACACUCUUCUAGGAUCUAAAAUACAUUGA